AUGGCGCGGGAGCUGAGCCAGGAGGCCGUGCUGGACUUUCUCUGGGCAGCCGGGGGCCGAGCCCCCAACACGGCGCUGCUCCGCCACUUCCAGCGCUUCCUCCGCGACCCGGCGCUGACGGAGCAGCAGCGGCAGGAGCGCCGCGAGUACUUCAAGAGCCUCGUCAAUUCCCUGGCCACCGUCCGGCCCGCCGCCGCCCCCGGCGCCUCCAAGGACAUCGUCCUUCGCCGCAGGUACCGCGACCUCCUCGAUGAGGAGCUGCCGCCGCCGGAGGAGCAGGAGCAGCGGGAGAAAGAGAAGGACCCGCCGCCCCGACACGACCCCGACCGGCGGCGCGGCCCCUCCGGGGAGGCGGCGGAGAAGCGGCCGCCCGGUGGAGGGCAGCCCCCGGGGGCCGCCGUCGCGGGGGGCUGCUCUGCCCGGGGCCGCGGCGGACCCUGCUGCGAGUGCCGCCGAGCGCUACGCGCUGCCGCUGCUGCCGCUGCUACCGCUGCCCCGCCGCCCCCCCGGGCGCCGGCCCCCGCCGUGCCGCCGCACUCCCGCUCCCAGCCGCCGCCCCCUGCUCAGCCGCCCCCAUACCGGACCCGGCCGCUGUCCUCGGGCCCCUGGGCGCUGCACCCCGACGGACCACCGCGCUCCCGGCCCCCGGCUCUGCCGUCGGGUUCUGGGGAGCUAGCCCCCACCGGGCCGCCUCGGUGCCGAUCGCCUCCGCCGCCUCCCGCUGGGCCGCCCCCAUAUCAGACCCUGCAGCAGCCCUUGGUUAGACAGUCCCAGUCCCAGUCCCCACUGCUUCCCGCCGGGCCAGCCCCGUUCGAGUCCACGCCACCUAGAGGGUCACCGCCUACCCAGUCCCUGCCACUGCCACCGGGACCCGGGGUGCUGCCUCCCGACAGGCUGCUCCAGCCCCGGUCUCCGACACAGCUUCCUGCCGGGACGCUCCUGCCUAAGUCCCCCCCACCCUCAGGUGGCCGAGUGGAGCAGCCCACCCUCCGGCCACCCCAGUCCCCACAGCCGCCAUGGGACCCCAGGGUACUACCCCCCACCAAGCCACCCCCAUCCCGGUCCCUACAGCCACCCCUCGCUGAGCCACCUCCAUUCCGGUCUCGGCCGUUGCUGUCCGCCCCGGGGGUGCUGCCCCUGUCCCGGUCUCUGCAGGCACUGCCCUCCAGCUCCUCUCCACCUCCACCGCUGUUCCCAAGCCCAGAUGUUCUGCCUUCCACCAGGCUACCCCCAUCACAGUCCAGGUCCCUGCAGCAGCUCCCCACCAGGCCAUCCCCAUCCCUGCCGCGGGGAUCCAGGGUGCUGACCCUCAACGGACCAACUAAAUCUCAAUCCCUUCUGCUGUACCCACACCAACCCCUGUCACUGCCAUCAGGUCCUGAGGUUCUGCCUCCCACCAGGCCACCCUCAUCCCAUUCCCCAUCACAGUCCUCUGCCCAGACAUCCCUGCCCCAGUCCCUGCAAUCGCCUCCUGCCAGCCCCUCCCCAUCCCAGUCCUUGCUGCCAGCUCAGGGCUCUUCAGGGCCCCAAGCCCCCGAGAGCGGCCCUCCACCACCGCUGCCUGUUUUCAGGAGCAUCAGGUGCCAGCUUGCUCUGUUGGACGGGCAGGGCAUCCCCCCUUCACUACCAGACAACUGCGGGCGGCAGCCCCGCACCAUGCCCUCCAAGAGCUCCCCAAGGAGCACCGCAGGCCGGGGGCUGUCGGUGCCACUGGGGCAGCGGGAGCACGCCUGGCUUGUGGCAGUGUCAGCGGGGCGCUGGGCUCGGGUGCGGGAACUCUUCCUGGAGGAGCCAGAGCUGGCCCUGAAGCGAGACUUCAUGUCGGGCUUUACUGUCCUCCACUGGCUGGCCAAGCACGGCGACGGGCCGGGACUGCAGGAGCUGGCGGCAGCGGCACGGCAGGCGGGGCUGGCCCUGGACGUGGAUGCCCGCUCGGGCUGUGGCUACACUCCGCUGCACCUGGCUGCCAUUCACGGCCACCAGCUCGUCAUGAAGGUGCUGGUGCUGCAGUUGGGGUGCCAGGUGCAGAUACGGGACAGCAGCGGGCGGCGGCCCUGGGAGUACCUGGGCAGCUCCACGUCGGGGGAGAUCUGGCAGCUCCUGGAGGCACCCCGAGGAACGAUCAUGUUCCCCACGCAGCCCCUGGCUCACAGCGUGUCCUCCGACAGCAAGGUCUCGCUGUCUGCUGGCAGGGCAGCUCUUCCUGCUUGCCUCAGGCCACAGCACGGCCAUCGAGCCAGCGUGGAGAGGGACUGA